CUACAGCUUUUGAAAUUGCCUUUUUUUUUUUCCUGACAGAUUUUGAAGGAGGAGGAACCUGGUUGGUUUCAGAAAAAGACAAGGAGGCUCAGAUCUAUAACAAAGGCAAUGGUCCCAGGAUAACGGUACAACGGGUGUCGAACAGAUAUUAUACUAACAAGAACGUCCACUGUAGAAACUGCAACAAGACCGGACAUAUCUCCAAGAACUGCUCUGAAUCCAAUAAGUUGUUGCCCUGUUACCUCUGUGGUACAGCAGGCCAUGCAGCCAGUGAGUGUCCCAAUAAACACUGCCGCAACUGUGGCCAGCCCGGACACUGCUUUGAUUCCUGCCGUGAGAAGGCCUAUUGGUACAAACAGUGCCAUCGCUGCAGCAUAAAGGGACACUUCAUUGAUGCUUGUCCAGAGAUCUGGAGACAGUAUCACAUUACAACUAAAAGUGGCCCUCCUGUAAAGCAGCAAAGAAAGAACAAAGAUCAAUCUGUUGCUUACUGCUUCAACUGCUCCAAGAAAGGACACUUUGGCUUUGCGUGUACGAACAAGAGGAUGUUCAGUGGAGUUUAUCCAAGCAGCCCGUUCAUCGGACACUAUGACACUGUGCAGGACAUUAAACGCAGACAGUACAGGAUAAAGAUGAAUGUCAAUGAAAUGAGAAAAAGGGGCCAUUUGCCAGCCCCUCAUACUCCUGAACCGCCAAAGAAGAAACAAAAAAUCAGCCAUCACACAAACAACCACCAACCCAAAAAGACGACCUUCCAAACCCCGAACAUGCACAAACCCAGACCAAGCCACAUCAUCUUCACUGACAGUGACUUCCCGAACUCAACACACAAGACAAAGAGCCUCACACAGCAGCAGCCGGUCGGCAGCGUCAAACCGUGGAAACCCAAAAGACUCGUGCCCACCUCCAGAGACCCACUACCAACGAAGAAGCGAGCUUUAGAUGAAGACGAGGACUUGCCAAGAGGAGGAGGGCCGCAACCAAACAAGAUGCAAAACAAGGGAAGGAAGAAGAAGAAAACCGGGCAGGUUUUUUUAUUUCAGACAGAGAUGCACAAAGGAAGAAAAUCGGACCUUUUCUGCGGGACUGGAGGGGGAGGGAUGCAGAAGCAGACAUCAAAAAAUCAGAAGAGAGAAAACUGGAAAAAAUUUAAUAACAAAAAAUCUGGUGCGCAGCAUGAGGAGGAUAAUCUGUUUGGAAUCAAACAAAGGAAACGCAAAAAAAAGGAUCAGUUUGUAUGAGAUGUCACAGGACAUUUAGAGACAAUUUGUUCUCUAAAGUUUUAAAAUAAGGACGAUGUCGUUAUUAGGACUUUAGAAUUCGUCACAUUUGUCAUUUGGUGUAAAUAAAGUUUAUUAGAGCUGAUGACCUUGCAUAAAGAAAUGAUUACCUACAUUUUCUCUUAUAAUUUGUUUAGUGUGAGAAUCGAUUGUUUAACUCAAAUCAGCUUAACACACAUUGUACAAAUUCUAACACACUACCACAAAUGCACAAUAAGAUCCUCUGUCUGAUCUUGGUUGUUUCAUUAAAACUGUUUUCCUCUGGAGCCAAAUAAAGUAUUUUGAUUACUUUGAA